GUUUCAAUUCUGCAGAAUUGAUCCGGCUUUGUGCACCUGUGCAAAUAAAGUCUAACCUUUCUGAAGAGCUUGCUGCUGUUGUGUCUUUUCCCUCGUGAAAUUGUUUUCUACAGAUUGGUGAUUGGACUUUGAAUUCUGUCGGUUCCUAGACAUGACAUUUUGGGGGCUCGUCCGGGAUAAGAGAAAGGGAUCGCUGAAGCUCCCGGCUCCUGGAGACAGAGGCAGAGGGUACUAGCCCCUUAAAAAGCUGGCCAGCUUAUCAAAAGAAUGGGGCGAGCCACUGGAUCAGGGUGCUGGAGGAGGAGACGACAGGCCGCAUCCUGGCUGUGGGGGACCUGAAGGCUCUCCUGGGAAAGGUUGUGGGGAUGGAAACAAUGCUGGACAUAUUUGAGCAGGCUGGCUUUGACAGAAACCAUGCGCAAUCUCCAGCAGUGGACGGUGGAGCGUUUGAUAACGUGUUUGGGGUUGUUCGGACUGCUCUGCGAGCCCUGUAUCCCGCACGACUGGACAUAACGACCUUAACGGGACCGCCGUUAAAAGACAAUCAACCACCGGCAACAUACAUCCACACGCAGUUGCGCAGGUGGAGAUUGAUAACUGAAAGGGACGUACGGGUAGAUCCCAUAAUGACCACCCUCUUCCGCAAAGCCAUCCGGGAGGGGAUGUCACAGGAAGUGGGGCGCCGCCUCGAUGAGGUGGUGGGACUGAACACCAUGACACACAGAGCAUUUGUGGAUCAUGUGGUGCACGCUGUAGAAAGGCAGCGGAAAGAGGGGAAAAAGCUGGAAGAUCAAACAAAAGACAUUCAAAGGAAGCUACUGCAGUUGCAGCUGGAGGAGCUGAAAGCCAAAGAAAAAAAGGCGAGAGAAAUAAAAGAGCUGGAUAAAGAAAAAGAGGCAAAAAAAGUGGCAUCUGUGAAAAUACAGAAUAUGGACAAUGGAUUCUUUGACUUUGAAGCCACCCCCCCUCAUGAACCAUGGAGCAGCCUGAUGGUGCCCCAACCGACGGUGAUCUACAACUUCUCCGGCAUCCCUCACCCAGUGGCCAUGCAAGAUACAAAAGAGCAGUGCAUAAGCGACAGCAUGAAACUGCUGGAGAAACUGGCAAAGGGUGUCCAGGAAGAAGCUGCAGCUCUGCUCUCAGGAGGUGGAGUACUUGGGAAGAGUAAUCACGGCUGGCGGUAAGAGAAUGUCAAAUAAACAGUUGGGGACAAUAAUGAAAGUUCCACAACCACAGACAGUGGGACAAAUGAUGACAUUCUUAGGAAUGACGGGUUUUAGCAUGGAUUGGGUGGAAGGAUAUUCUGAAAAAACGCAUCCACUUAGAAAGAUAAUGAAGGAGGUUGGGCAAGAAAAACUGUCGAAUAAAGGACGAUGGGGAAGUUGACUGGCAAAAAUACGACUUGCAGUGGAGAUAACACUGAUAGUGGUACUGGUGUUGCUGUCUUGUAUCCUCCCUCUCUUGAGAUCCUCUCUCCACAGGGCUAUAGGCAUCCAAUUGGUGUCGUACAGGGUGACUAACGCAGGAGCCAGGCGCCAGACGGGUGAUUCCAGUUUCCGGCGGACGCUGUCACAGUCCAGGGAGACGGGGAGAGCGGAGGGACAGCAGGCGCUGACACCAGCCCAGGGAGCAACAGCACCAACAGUGCCCCUACGGGUCCAGUACGAGAAUCGCAAGCCGGCUUUCCAGUGGAGUGACGUGCAGACCGCAUACUCUGGUUGGAAGAUAUACCAGGAGCCCACCAACUAUGAGGACUGCGGCAAAUCAUCGUGCUACGAAUCAACGUGUUAAGAAAAUUAAAGGAGUGUAUGAUAACUUUGUUGGGUCAGAAGGUCAAUAAGAAUACAGCGAGGGGAGUCAUUCGGGGCCAUAAGAUCUGACCCCGAAAGGGGGGAAUGUAGGAAAAUUUUGAGACUCCCCAUGAUUGAGAUGACGUCACAUGUUAAAGUUAGGGAAUUCCCAUCAAUGUUGAUCAAACUGGUUCCUCCAAACUCUCGAUGCUUCAUGAUAAAAAUAUAUCACAUGUAUAACUAUACACUCAUAUAAUCAAUAUGUAAUCCAAUAAACCUAUAUCAGUAGUUACAGCUAAGCUUAUGGAAACGCAAGAAACCACAGUAUCAACUGUAGAAAAAAAGCAAGAGAACGCAGAAGGCUUAAAAAAACCACACUUACUCAC